AUGUCGUUGACUGCCGAUCCACCAGCAUGUACAGUACCAGCUGCCGGAGGUUCAUCCACUCAUAAAUUGGUGAAUGCUGGAGCCGAGAAAUUGAUCUUCAAGGUGAGUGUGGGAUAGGGUACUGUAUCUAAGAGUGAAAAGAGGGUUACUGUAUAAGAAGUUGGGCUAAUGUUUUAGCUGACAUUUAUAUAUCGGGAUACUGGGGAUUACAAGAUUACUUUUUGGCUAGGCUUCAUGUCUCAAAGUGAUACUGACUACAUCAAUCCGCUUGGAUUACACAGUACAGUUGCAUAUUUUCAGAUCAAAUCAUCGAAUAAUAAUGAAUAUCGUAUCACUCCAGUGUUUGGUUUUGUUGAUCCAUCUGGCUCAAAAGAUAUUGUUAUCACACGUACAGCUGGUGCACCAAAAGAAGAUAAAUUGGUUAUUCAUUUUGCUCCAGCUCCAGCUGAUGCAACUGAUGCUCAAGCUGCAUUUGCCGCUGUUCAACCAGCUGGAACUGUUACAAUUCCAAUGUCUGCAACUGCUUAG